UCGGCCCUAACUCUUAGUGGCGUGAGCACCGUUGGCUGCCUCUUGCCUAUUGUCUUAUGGCCUCGCAACUUGUCAUUAGCUCGGUUCUGGCAGAAUGACUAAGUCUCUCUCGGUAAUCAUUUUCUUGCAAGUCGUUAGCAGUGUUUUCCCGAAGGAUUUACCUGAUUAUAUCGAAGUAUGCAAGCGCGAUCAGAGCACGAUCAACUCGUGCGUUCGCAAAUCCAUCGAGAGGCUGCGACCAAAACUAGCUGAAGGCAUACCGGAGUUUGAGGUGCCGCCCAUAGAACCCUUCUACAUUCCUGAGUUGAUCGUCGACAGCGGCAACCUGAUCCAGUUCCACGCGGUGGGCAAGGACGUGCAGGUGUCGGGCGCGGGGAACUUCUCUAUUAAAAAUGUCGACGUGGACCUGGAGUCCCUGCGCAUCAGCGCGCGCGUGCGUUUCCCGCGGCUGCACUUCGUGGGCCGGUACGUGCUGGACGCGCGGCUGCUCGUGCUGCCGCUGCACGGCGCCGGCACCAUCGUUGCUGACGCCAUAAAGUGCGACACGGAGAUAGUGCUGCACUCGCGGCUGGUGGAGCGCGAGGGUGUGGAGUACGUGCAGUUCUCGGCGCUGGACGUGCGCCUGGACGUGCGCGACUACCGCGUGCGCCUCGACGGGCUCUUCGACGGCAACAAGGCGCUCGGCGAUGCGGCGAAUGAAGCCAUCAAUCAAAGCCGCGAGGAGAUCCUCCGAGCCACCAAGCCCUACGCCGAGAAAACUGUCUCCAACCUGUUCCUUGACACUGCCAAUAAGAUUGCUAAUAUAUUCCCCUUCGAUCAGCUGAUACCGCAGUAGCGGACUCUACACUGC